AUGGAACAUGAAAGCAUUGUCAGUAUGGCAGUUGCCGGUGCGAUAAUUGGUGCUGCAAUUGGUGGAUGGAUGAACGAUCGAUAUGGCCGCAGGAUCUCAAUCCUGGUUGCAGACUCUCUCUUCUUCAAAGGAGCUAUUGUCAUGGCCUCUGCUCCCAACCCAGCUCUACUGAUCGUUGGUCGUAUUUUUGUGGGUCUCGGUGUUGGUAUGGCAUCGAUGACAUCUCCAUUAUACAUCUCAGAAGCUUCUCCUGCUAAAGUCCGAGGUGCCUUGGUUAGUACCAAUGGUUUCCUUAUAACAGGAGGCCAGUUUCUGUCUUACCUGAUCAACUUAGCAUUCACCAAGGCUCCUGGGACAUGGAGGUGGAUGCUUGGAGUUGCGGGGUUACCGCUAUGUUUCAAUUUGCACUAA